GCAAAAAAUCAAAAGAUUGAGAAAUCGAAACAGCAAAAAAGAAAGAAUUUCGAAUAUGCUAAGGAAAAAUGAAAAUCUGACAAAAACUGUAACAAUAAUUUCACACCGCCUUUUCUAUUAUUUCAGUAUUUAAUAAGCAUGGUCAAUAUAUUCAUAAUUCAACAAUUUUUAGAUAUUUCCACACUUUAUUGAGUAACCCUGAGAUAUUAAAAACCUACUAUGAAGACAAUGCAAUAUUACGUGAUCAAGAAAAAAGUAGCAUGUUACCUAACAUGGCUGCAGGUGUAGGCUCAAUUUUAUUCGCCAUAAACAUCGAUAAACCUGAGCUAAACAGCGGCAUCCAACCUAGGAUAGAAAAUUUCAAAUCUAAAGCAGAGCCCGUAAUAGAAGCCCCCAUAGUAGAAAACAAAGAGCGCCCCAAAAACAAAAAAAAGAAAAAAGUCGCCAGACAAUUCAUUUCCUUUGAUGAGGACGACACCAGCGUGCUUUCCACCAGUGUCCCCUCAACCUCAAACAGUAUUUCUUCCGACAGUAAUUCAAACGACAAUCAGUCUUCCAAAACCACAAACAAACAACUAAAAGAUAUCGUCGAAGAAAACAAACCACACAAACCAGAAAUGUCAAACGAAAACGAAAAAUCAACAAUAAAGCGAAAAUUGUCGAUCGAAACCAGCGGCUCCCGCGAAAAAUUCACCGGCGACGUGCCCGAAACGUUAACGCCGGUAAUCCACGCCGAAAUCGGGGAGCUGACACCCGUAUCGGUCGAAAUCAACAAAAAUUUUGAAUCUCCGGACGUGUCCGACGAUAUCCUCGAAAUCCCCACUGAUAUCAGCGAAGUUCUGACAGCGGUGGAAGCUCAAAACAAAGAAGAAUUAAAAAAGAAGCAGGAUAAAAUCGACGCGCUUUCGAAAGAAAACGAGAUCUUGAAGGAGCAAAUCAAGAAAUAUGUGGGGGCGAUUCAGAUGUUGCAAGACAACGAUGUCGACGAUUUGCAGAAAACGUUGGAGGAUUUGGAAAUCAGUGAGCAGCCGGAUUAUAAAGGAGAGGCGAAAUUGUUUGAACGAAAACUCGUCCAGGUUGCUGAAAUGCACGCCGAACUGAUGGACUUCAACGUGGCCCUUCAGCAGUCUUUGUGCCAAAAAGAUCUACUGUUAGAGCGGCUUAAGUCCGAACUCGAGGAGCUGCGCGGUCCGAUGCCUACAGACGAAAUCGUGACUGAAACCAGAGGGAACGUGAAUAUUUGGAUUCCGAGCGCGUUUCUGACAGGGAGCGGUUCCAAUGCCCACCACGUGUACCAGAUUUUCCUGCGGGCGGGGAACGACGAGUGGAAUAUAUACAGAAGAUAUGCUCAAUUCUAUGCCUUGCAUUCUGAUUUAAAAAAACUUGAUCCUACAGUUACCACUUUCGACUUUCCGCCGAAGAAGAGUAUAGGGAAGAAGGAUUCGGCGCUGGUUGAAGAUAGAAGGAAGCGAUUGCAGAUUUAUUUGAGAAGGGUUUUGGCUCACUGGCCCGAGUUGGCGCAUUGCAAUAGUAGAUUUUUGUUAGAACAGCAUCUGGCAUUCUUCAAGGACCAGAAGGAUGUCGAUCCGAAGAAUAAAAGUAUAUUUUCUCCAAGGAGGAAUAGAACUAGCAACGAUAACCAUUACGCAGGGCUUUAAAUAGUUUCAUUUUGUUAAUUAUAUUUUGAUGAAAUGAUUCGAAUCAUUUUAAUAGUUGCGUAUUUAUUUAAUCACUUAGACUUAGUGAGAUAUGUUGAUAUUUUGCGUUGUACUCGUCUUUUUUGAAAGUUUAUUCAAGGAUGAUGUUGGAGCUAACGUUUUAUUGUAAUGCGUAAGUACAAAGUUUGUAUUUGAGAUGUUUUAUAUUUUCCAAGUGAUGAAAUUAAUAAAAUUCAUUAUAGAAA